AUGGACGUCGAUGCGCCGCUCGGUGUUGGCGGCUAUGGCGCCGUGUACAAAGGCACGUACAACGGUCGCUCGGUUGCCAUCAAGACAGCAGUUGGGCCCGACGGUGCGGCGACUCUUCUCGACGAGACAAAGACGAUGCUCCUGUGUCGCUCGCCCUAUGUGCUGGAGCUUCUCGCAGUCACCAAGGCCCCAAAUCCCAAGCUCAUUCUCGAGUACAUGGACGCGGGCGAUCUGCGCAGCUACCUCGACGCCAAGCGCCUCAAUCAACCGACCAAGGUGGAUGUCUCAUCAUUAGAGGUUGCGUGGGUCGUUGCCAAUGCCCUCGCCGACCUACACCACGACGGUCUCCUCCACCGCGACAUCAAGAGCCCGAACGUACUCCUCUGCUCUCAAAACUACAUCAAGCUCGCCGACCUCGGGAUCGCGCGCGAGUACGAGUCAAAUAUGACCAUGGGCAUUGGGACACUGCGGUGGAUGGCCCCCGAGCUCCUGAAUCCACAGCAACGUUACAACUCGGCGGCCGACAUGUAUGCGUUUGGCGUGCUCUUGACCGAGCUCGACUCACUGGCCGUGCCCUUUGCGAACGAGACGUCGGUGCCUACGAUCAUGCGCAAGCUCGGCGACGGUGCGCUCACGCCCGAGUUCACGCCGUCCUGUCCGACUUGGCUCAAGGACCUUGCGACCGCAUGUGUCUCUUUCGAUCCGAAAAUGCGUCCGACAGCGCAAGAGGUCAUCCACGACCUCCGCAAGCAGCUCGUUGGGCAACCGAGCCAACCCACGACGACUGCCAUCAUGAACAUACCAGAGACAUCGCUGUCGAUCCUCCCCAGUGCGCCAGCAGCAGAAAUGGCGCGGGCAAUGCCUCUCCGCGAAGAAGUUGAGCCGGAGGAUAUGCCGUCGAGUCUCGUCGCGCAAUUUUCAUUCAAUCCACGCCACUUGACGACGUCGUCAUCUUGGUCCUCAAAAGGCGAGCCGACGCCCGAGCCGCCCCACGCCAACGCUUCGCCAAUGGUAUCCGGCAACACCGAGAUGAACUCGCUUGGGGUGACAAGUCUUGUCUGCCAGCUCUGCAACACGACCAACAGUCUUCUCGACGAGACGUGCGCGGAUUGCGCCGAGUCGCUGCCGCCCGCUCCGUUCAAACUCAAAAUUCUCGUGCGCCGCCUGGCCACGCACAGCGUACAUCACAUUGCCACCACGAUUGCGUGCUUUACGUGCAGCGACGUUUCUCCGAUGACGCGCGCCGCGUGCGACUGCGGCGAAGAGUUUCCUCCUGACGCUGCCAAACUCCACAUGCUCUUCAAGCGCAUCGAGCUCGCAGGCAGCAACUCGACGCCAUAAGAAUGCAACCGAGUCGUUAUAGAGGAUGAUGUUCCGUCUCGUC